UGAGCGCUCACGGCCGAGUGCGGCGAGUCUGUAACCCGAGCGCAGUGACAGCGGGCUGACUUGUCGCCAACUGUGUGCUGGAACAAACACGGAUGGACCCGCACGUUAACUUUCUAUGAAGAUAACACUGUUUGCUGAUUCGUUAUGAAGGCCCAGAACUGGUUUAUUGUCACCUGCUGCCUCUAUGGCCUGAGCGCAAUCGCAGGUGCAACAGAAGCAGAAGAUCAGCUGAUGAAGAAACUAUUUUCUUCAUACAAUGUUAAAGUGCGUCCUGCAAGGAGCCCAGAGGAAAGGGUCGUCGUGAGGAUAGGCAUGACCCUUUCAUCAUUCGUCAGCCUGAACAUGAAAGAUGAGGAGAUGAACACUAUUGUUAUUAUGAACUUGGAGUGGAACGAUUAUCGCCUCUCCUGGAACCCCAAAGAUUAUGGGGGAAUUGAUGUGUUGCGCAUCCCAUCUGGAAAAGUGUGGCUUCCUGAUAUUGUUCUCAUCAAUAACAAUGAUGGCGUAUUUGGUGUAGCUCUACAGGUCCACGUGCAAGCCUACAGUAACGGCCGUGUGACGUGGACUCCACCAGCUCUUUACAAGAGUUCCUGCGGAGUAAAGGUGACAUACUUUCCUUUUGACUGGCAAAAUUGCACCAUGGUUUUCCACUCGUAUACAUAUGAUUCCUCAGAAGUGGAUCUGCAGCAUGGCCUUGAUAAGAGAGGAAAUGAAAUCCGAGAGAUAGUCUUCGACACAGGCUUUAGUGAGAGUGGAGAAUGGCACAUUCGUCACAAGGUUUCUAGAAAGAAUGUGCGAGAGGACCUGUAUGAGGACAUCACCUUCUACCUGAUCAUCGAGAGGAAGCCCAUGUAUUACGUGUUUAACAUCGUCCUGCCCUGUAUCCUCAUCACCAUCAUUGCCAUCUUUAACUUCUACUUGCCACCUGAUGCAGGGGAGAAGAUGGGCCUUUCCAUCAACGUACUGCUGACUUUAACUGUCUUCCUGCUUCUGCUGGCCAACAAAGUCCCAGAAACAUCACUGGGUGUUCCCAUUAUCGUCAACUACCUGAUGUUCACCAUGAUCCUGGUCACCUUUUCUGUCAUCCUCAGUGUUGUGGUACUCAACCUUCACCAUCGCUCCCCCAGCACACACCAAAUGCCCCUUUGGGUGCGCAAGAUUUUUAUCCACAUGUUACCUCCAUACCUGGGGAUGCUGCGACCUAAAGUGGAGACCCCUCUGUUUCUUGAGAAACCUGUCAAAAAAGAGAACACCCAAGCCAUCAGCAGAGUGGCCGAUGAGUACUUCAUCCGCAAGCCCAAUAACACCAACUUCCUCUUCCCCAAACCUCACAGGUACCAGCCUGAUGGUCCAUGCACUGACCUGAGGAAGUUCAUUGACGGCCCCAGUCAUUACCUCGCCCUUCCUCCAGAUCUCAAGUCAGCCGUAGAGGCCAUCACUUACAUCGCAGAGCAGCUGCAGGCGGAGAAAGAUUACGAGGCUUUAAAGGAGGACUGGCAGUAUGUUGCCAUGGUGGUUGAUCGACUCUUCCUCUGGAUCUUUGUGAUUUUUACCUCCCUUGGGACACUGGGCAUUUUUGCUAAUGCCAGCUUCAAUGCCACACCUACUGACCCCUUUCCCUAAAUCUGAUGGUUGUUCUCUCUAGCCUUGAACUUUUCACCUCUAAAACAUUGGCACGAGAUGUGUUAGACACUGCUGCGUGUUCAGUUCACAUUAAUGGCGUUGUAAUGUAACACAAAGAUCACAGCAAUUCAUUUACACAAUGUUUCUGUAGUUAAAGCAGUGGAUAGAUGCAUAAAAACAGCUAUACUAUUGCUAAAAAAGUGGGAUUUGUUAUAAUUACGUAAAAUAGUAUAACUUAUAGAUAAAUGUCAAAUUUUGAAUUUGCUGAAAUUUGCUUUUGCCUUUUUGAAAUUUAUGCAGUUCCUCCUUUAAGGAAAGAAAUUUCUCCAUUAGCAGUCCACCAGUGGCUUUCUCAUUAACUGUGUGUUUUGCUCAUAAUUGAUUGAGUUUUUAGUGAGAUCUGUUUGCCAUACAAGGAAUGGAAAUGGACUUGGGUUGGUUUUUGGCUACGGGAUUGUCAUGUGUAUGGACACAUCACUUAACAUCACUAUAAUAUAUGAUAUACUGUCUUUAAUGUGCCAAUUAAAUGAGUUUUUGCACAAA